AUGCCGCCGGAUCGGUACAAUCCAAUAGCGGAGGGGUUUUUACGGGACACCGGUUUUUAUUAUGUUUCACAUAUUGGAGUUGUCCAAUGUCAGGCGGCAUUGGUUAAUGCUCUGAUUGAGAGAUGGCGCCCCGAGACUCACAGCUUCCAUUUUCCGGUUGGUGAGUGUGCUGUGACACUAGAGGAUGUGGCGUUAAUUUAUGGUCUUCCGACGAAUGGUUUGCCAGUUACGGGACCGACACUGAGUAGUUAUGAGGCAUUAGAGGCUGAAUGCUUGGAUCAGUUUGGUGUUGCACCUAGGCAGGCAGACUGUAGGGGAAGUUUCAUCAAGUUGACGUGGUUUCGAGCAUUGAAGGAUCGGUUAGUGUUGGUUGAUGAUAUCCAGAUUCAGAGGUACGUGAAGUGCCACAUAAUGUUAUUGUUUGGAACCGUUAUGUUUGGAGAUAAGUCUGGAGUAGGGGUGCACUGGAAGUUUCUCCCAUUACUCCGUAACUUUGCCGGGAUAAUACAGUUCAGUUGGGGUUCGGCAUGCCUGGCACACCUGUACAGAGCUUUGUGUAGGGCAACUCGUGUCGACUGUAAGGAGAUUGAUGGUCCGUUGACACUCUUGCUUGCCUGGGCUUGGAUCCGCCUACCGUUCCUUGCGCCGAUUCCUAGCAAUCCUCGAAUCUUUCCGAUUGCAAAAAGAUUGAGGAAACUUGAGCAUUUUAGGGGAUACCUGGAUGCUCUGCAAGAAGGACAGUUUGUUUGGGAGCCUUAUGCAAUUGGAAGGACCGAUCCGGAAGUGAUUCCUCCUGACAUCCGUCAGCAUUCUGCUAUUUGGAGUGCCACAGUUCCACUUAUAUCUUUUGAAUGUGUUGAGUGGCAUGCAUCUGAUAGACUGAGGAGGCAGUUUGGCUUCACUCAGGGUAUUCCUGAUCAGGAGCGAGACCUAGGUGAAGCACACGGCGAAGUUUUGACAGGUCCGAAGAAUCAGGAUUGGUCUGGAACCCACUCAUCCUGGGUUAUGCAGUGGACGAACCGGUAUAGUCUAGUUCUUGUCGAUGACACGGUGCCCUCACAGCAUCAGGCAAAUAUCUACUUGCAUUGGUACCGAGGUGCAUUUGGUGACCACUUGCAGCUGUCACAGAUGGAACCGCAAGAUAAUCAGCCUGGUGAUCCUAUUCAUAACCAGGAGAACCAAGACCCACAAUCACCGCAACAACCAUUGCCACCACAACCACCAUCGCCACGGCCACCACCACCGCCCCCUCACAAACACAGGCACAACAAGAGCCUGAGCAGUUCACUCCAUACAUUCCUGACACGCAUUCUGCGGAUUACCUGA